AUGUCGAAGAGUUCGACCCCCAUUCCCCCUUCUGGAACGACGAAUACGUCCCGCGGAAAGGAGACCGCGUUAGACACCAGCACGCAAAACGUAUUCACACCGGGAACGCCAGACAUCCCAGAAGACUUGGAUAUGACCGAAGUACCGUUCUUCAACACAGUACAAGGGCCAGAUCAAGAAACGCCUAUUCCAAGUAUGGUCGAACCUGAGCACCCUGAUAUCGAGGAUCUCACCGAACUAGGGACACCAUUUGCAUUCGAGGACUUACCUGAUCGGGGUUCAUACAGGGAGAUAUUCAUCGAGUUUCCUGGUUGUAUGCCUUUCUCCUCGUUUGGUGAAACCGUUACUGACACGGGAUUUGACAGAUCUGAGAAGAUCUUCGCCUUAGCAGGUCGACAUCGUCAGGCCCUGCAAUUAGGGGAAGCUGCACUCAGACGACCCAUCUACAAUUCCUAUAAUAAGGUCGUCACGCGAAAAGGGCGGAAGGAUUUGUUCAAGGAAGAAAUGGACACCUUGAAGGAGUUAUUAAGUCGUUUGUAUUACUUCAAUGACGAAUCUAACGUGGCCGGUUUCGCGUUACAAAGGAUCAUCCUAGUAAAUUUGAAUCAUCAGCUAAAGGCCCGACGGAAUGAAGCCGAGGAAGACUUCAUAAUUAGCGGAGAAGGCGUUCCUACAUUACCUAGAUGGGGUCUAAACAGUAAAGCCGACGAAUUUUGGUCAGCAAACGAUUUUGAAAUUUUAGGAGCUUGCUUCCGUCGAGAGGUCGAAAACUUUUUAGCUUACCUAGCAGAACAUCACGACUUUUCCAAGGCAAAGAAGGGUAACAAACACGAACAGCGAACGACCAUCAUCACGAAACCUUCUCAUAAAAAGGUCAUUUCCGCUCACCUCAGCCGGAACAAGGGUCACGCAAAUCGUUUCGCGGCAAAUAGAAACACUUCAGUAUUCGGCCAUCCCGCUCAAAAUAGUUCCUCACACACGUUCAAGGAAUUAUUUGGCGUCAGGCAAGGUGAGGACGCGAUCGAAUCCCAGAAUGGUGAUGACGAUUCCGUUCAUUCAGGAUCUCACAAAUCUGGAACCGGAAUUUACAAUCAGCAAGGACAGCGUCGAAGUGGAGGGGAUCCAGGAGACCCUGACGGCAGCGACAGCGACGACGGAGGAAGCAAUGGACCGCGCCGAGGACCAAAAAGAACGGCGGUACCAGACAAGUCACGAAGGAAUCCAUUUGAAACUACGCCGGAAGGAGGGAAUUCCACUACCGUCAAGGCCCCUCCAGAACCACAGUUCGACACCAAGCUCAAGAUGGACACCAUUCCGACGUGGGAUGGUAACCCGGAGAACUUAAGACGAUGGCUCUUGAAGAUCAAUAGCCUUGCUAAACGAUCUACCAUCGUCUUCAAACAACUAGGGUCAGCAGAGAUUUGGUACUACAGUCAAAGCGUCGACACGCGCGACCGAAUCGAGCAAGAUUGGAGCACCUUACGCGCAGCAAUCGGGGAGUAUUACAUGAACCGAGCAUUCCUCGACAGGCAGAAAGCGCGCGCCAACCGCGCUUCCUAUCGCGAUAUGGGUAAUGGAAGGGAGACCCCGAAGAGAGAACUAAUCAACGAAAUCAUGGAGGGAGCACCCUCAUUCUGGGCGACAGUAGUCACCCCUCACCUACUAUUGGACCUCGAGCAAUUCCAGUUAUCCGUCAAAUUUCACGAGGACUCUCUCUUACGACUAGGGGGAGGGGAAAAUUCUUUGAACCGGCAAGUUAAUUCUAACUAUUCUAAGGAUAAUUCCCAACGAAAUCCUUACAAUCCGUUUAGGAACGCGCGCGUCAAUCUGGUGGGAUGGACCAAAGCGGCGUCGAACCCGCAAUUUCCUAAAGAUGACGCCAAUGUUUCACCACGCGGAACACCCGAAGAAAAAGGCGCUAGGCCUUGCCGCCAUUGUGGUAGUGGGAAACACUGGGACAAGGAUUGCAGGCACGCUAGAAAGGGUGAGAAACGCGCAAGGGUUAACGCGGUCACCACAACUGCGGAGGAAGAUCGAGCGGAGGAAGAAUACGACAACAUCUAUUACGAACGAUUCAGUGACGAGGAAGACAUAGAAGAUAACCCGGAUUUUCCGAAGCCCUCUCAGCCAUAA